UACAUAGCGUGAACUGAUGACCUAGGAGAGCUAUGGGUAUAUAAACAUAUCUCGCCUGUAUACAACCCCAGCUGUAAUGUGAACUACAUAGGAGUACACUAUAUCAUAUGAGUCAGCCCAGCCUCGUGGUCUGGAGUCUCGUGAUCGUCACCACAUACAGCGCACCUUCCACACAGAAUGACGGAAAAACCAAUGAAAAAUACAGCUUGCGUGGAAAUAGACAAGCAUGCAGAUGACUUGAACAAAGUCAGUCAGGCCAUUUGGGAGAAGCCUGAGCUGAACUUUAAAGAGGUAAAUGCUCACAAUGUACUGACAGAUUUUCUUGAGAAGCAUGGAUUUGAGGUUGAGAGGAAUUACAAACUGAAUACAGCCUUCAGGGCAGUGUUUGGUAAAGACGGAACAGGUCCUCACGUGGCUAUACUGUGUGAAUAUGAUGCCCUGCCGGAGAUCGGACACGCCUGUGGCCACAACCUGAUAGCUGAAUUGGGCGUGGCAGCGGGUCUUGGUGUUAAAGCUGCACUUCAAGCUACAGGGACAGGAGGGAAGUUGACUGUUCUUGGAACACCUGCAGAAGAGGGCGGUGGUGGCAAACUUGAUCUCAUCAACGCCAAAGUCUUUGAUGAUGUAGAUAUUGCGAUGAUGGCGCAUCCAUCGCCAUGUGUAACGGUGUUCCCCACAUGUCUGGCCAUUGUGUCAUGCAACAUCAAGUUCCAUGGCAAGGCGUCUCACGCUGCAGGAUUUCCCUGGAAGGGCAUCAACGCCCUUGACGCCGCCGUCUUGUGUUACCAGAAAAUUUCCUGUCUCAGACAGCAGAUGAAACCUGACUGGAGAGUGCAUGGAAUCAUCAACAACGGCGGAGCAAAGCCCAAUAUCAUACCGGAGUUGACGGAAUUGGAGUACUACCUGAGGGCGCCCACUGACGCAGAGCUGAACGUCCUGAAGGAGAAAGUGUCCAAGUGUAUAGAGGCUGCUGCUACAGCAACAGGAUGCACGGCUGAAUGUGAUUUUGAUCGAGCUUACGCCAACGUUGUGACCAACAAGACUCUGGCCAAUGCCUUUGUGGCUAACGCUGAAAGUAUUGGCGUUGAGUUUACGCCGCAGGAAAAGCUGGCAGGCCUGGCCAUGGGGUCUACAGACAUGGGAAACGUUACUUACGUCGUUCCCGGCAUCCACCCCAUGUACUACGUCGGAGUUAAGGACUGUGUGAACCACACCAGGGAGUUUACAACGGUGGCUGGUUCGCCUGAAGCACAGCCCUACACGUUGGACAUGGGAAAGGCUCUCGCCAUGACAGCUAUUGACGUCUACACAUCACCGGAUAUGUUGUCAGAGAUCAAAGAAGAGUUUAAGAAGUUUUUCAAAAACUGAAUACGCUUUUUGAGCUGAACUACUCACCGUAACCAGAAUAAGUAUGUUUCCAUACUUUUUGUAACAAUAUGAUAUUAUUGAGUAAUCAUUUUACGUUAUAAUGAAUGAGUGAGUAAGUAAGUAUGGUUUUACGUCUCUUUAGCGGUAUUCCAUGUCACAGCGGGGGACACCAAAAAAUGGGCUUCACACAUUUUGUACCUUAAAAUGCAGAUAUACACAAUAUACAGUAUUGUCUACUUCUUUGGUGAUGUUAUAGGCUUUUGCCAUGGUAUGUUUGCUCGGAUACGCUUUUCAAAUAAGGGAUUCAUCUCGAAAGUACAUAAAAUACCACAUGUUUUAUGUAUUAUGAUUAAUGUCUUAUAUUUCACUGUGUCAGAAAUAUUUUUAUACAUAUUUAGUAAACGCUGGAGUACAGGCGUCUCAAGCACAGCAGUUCACAGUUCUAAAUUGCGUUGAUUAAGCGUUCCAGAACUCGAUAACUUUCCCAUUAAGAUAAUACUACACGAUAUACUGAUGCACUCUGUAUAGGCGCGUUAAAUCACCCACUAGCUAAAUGUGCUGAGUCUGAUAAUGAAACAAAUGCAUCUCAAGUUGUCACAUGUACACUGAUAUCUUGUUCGAAACGUGUUCAAGCAGUACUGUAGUUUUCGGUGACGUUAAAGUCUUUGUUUAUGCAUAAUAUUCAAGGAUCAGGUUUCACAAACCGUACAGUGUACAGUUGAAAAUCGGAUUUGACCGAGACAUUACUGACUUUAU